AUGGGGUGGCUUUUCCACAGUAUGGCUUGCGAGGGACAGAGAUCGCAAUCAGUGGGUCUCGCUGAAAAUCACGACCGCAGAUUCAUCGGUAUCGCGAGAGCUGCGAAAUUUGAAAUAUAUCUGGAAAGGCAUUCUCGUGGAGAGCUUUCUUUGAAUUAUGUGGUUCAACUGCUUGAUGCCUUCACCCAUGAAGGCCCUAACGGAGUCCACCAAUGUCUUGUAUUUGAAUUACUUGGCCCUUCAGUUGAUAAGGUCCUCGCAGACUAUCAUGAGAGCCACGAAAAGCUCUGGUCGGAAACCGUCCUCCGAAUAUCUAUACAGCUUUUGAAAGCCGUCAAAUUUAUUCACAGAGCCGGCAUGUGCCAUGGAGAUAUUAGUGGCCGAAACAUCGCAUUUAGUUGCACUCAUUUGUGGAAACAGACCGAGGAGCAGCUUUUUGAUGUUCUCGGAUUCCCGGAAGUUGAGCCGCUGACCCGGCUUGACGGGACGCCUUUAGGAAAUGGAUUGCCGUCCCAACUGGUUAAAGCAGCAGAAUGGGUUGACUGGAUAGACGAGGACGACGAAGAUAUCAGACUCUUUGACUUUGGAGAGAGCUUCUUCCAAGGACAGGAACCUAAAAAGUUGGCCCAGCCAGGUUCAUUGAGGGUUGCGUGGUACGUCAACAUAUCUUUCCUUGAAGCAGACAUACUCACAAUAUCAAUUAUAGAUUUAUGUUUUCUUAUUCACGACUGGCCAUUCUGGUAUCUUGGCGAGGAUGAAAUCCUCAUUUUCCAAAUGAUUGGCUUUGUGGAGAGGUUGCCGGCUGAAUGGGAGUCUAAGUGGACAUCGAUGUUGAAGAGGUCUAGUCAUGAUCUGGAGCUAAAAGAAGAUUAUGGAACGUCGAAGCUUGAACGGAAGUUUGCUGGGUUGGAGCCUGAUCCAACACUUAAACCUCUACUUCAUGUGAUGAAAGGAUUGAUGCGAUUUUUACCGUCAAGUCGCCUGACUGCAGAGGACGCGCUUGAUUUGCUUGGUAAGGCUCAAGAAUAA